AUUUCCGCGCAAAACUUUUUCGCUUCAUUUAGUUUCUUGGUUCGGUUCAGUUUGUAUUUCUUUGGUGUAGAAUCAGUUCUGACGAAUUAAUGCAGUGAUUUUAGUGAUAAUGAAGUGCUAAGUUUUGUACUGCGCGAAAGGAUGUGUCGAAAUAGAUUCAAGGUUCUUUAUUUUUCUCCCUAUGAGGCUUUAAGUACCAACUAGCAGUGGCAGAAGUAAUAGUUCGCGCAUCGAACGCAGUCGAGGGGGGGUCUAUUUUUAAAUCCAUUCGUAGCGCAAUCAAAACAAACGCACUGCCCACCUCCCACUUGGGUCGGAAUACACCAAUGGUACGCGUGUGCCGAAUAUGGGUCAUAUCAGGAUGGGGAGAAUUCGGUUAUUGAUGAUAAGUUACCUACUAUUGGUACCAUUAGGAGUACAUGGAUCGUUUAUAGAAUACAUAUGGCCUACGCAAGAACAUGAAAACACCGCAGUGGAUGCUUAUCCGGCCGUCCCGUACGAGCUCUCCGAAAGCGACGAAUCCUUCCUCCGUGAAGCUUCCAAUUGGAUCGGAGCGAACCUUUCCAAGCUAGAUCUGUGCCACCACAGGGUGAUUUUGAAAUUGAAAAAUUCCUGCGAACGUCUGAAUGCCGAGCAGAUCGGUAAACUGGCCGUCAUGCUGCUCAACUGCCAAUCGGAUUCCGAAGGUCGGAAAGUGUACCACUGUACCGAGCAGAUGACGUUGAAGGACUGCACCAAGGAGAUGGAUCCGGACACGUGGAAUGCGUACCACCUGGUGACAAAUCGUGCGAAAGCCGUUUGCGCUAGCGUCAGGCACGAUCAGUUCCGGGGACUGACUGAACUGACCGUCAACAAGCUGAUGAAUACGGCUCACGAGCAAAUCGAAAUGAUGGGACAGCUGGCGGAGAACCAAAAGGAGCUGCACAGCGUUACGCAGGAAGCGAUCGAAGAGAUGUCGACAAAUAACGACAGGAUUAUCAGCCAACAGGGCGAUAUUAUGCGACUAUCGGAGGCGCAUAGAGCCAAGGUGGAGUCUAAUUUCAGGGAUCUGGUAAGGGAAAAGGCUUUGAUUCGGGCAGGACAACAGGAAGUUGCUGUCCUGUUGACGGGCUUACGGAGCAGGAUUGACGAUAGCAUCAAACAGCUGGAGAUGCAGUCGAAGCGGAGUAAAUUGAAUCAUGCUUCGCUGCUUUCGGAUAUGGAAAAUCUGCAAAAGAGUGCAGCGACCAUCGCGGGAAAGAUUGACGAAACCAGCGAACAUUUUGCUUCGCAUCACCAAGCGGCUGAGGAGCAAUACAAAUACACUUUGGGACAGUUGGAAAAGAUCAACAACACAGUCGCUAACAUGUUGGACAUGAUCGACGCAUUGCAGAAAGACUUCGAUCAUAAGUUGGCUUGGAUCACGGAGAAGGUCGGUGGAAGUGACUACAUACUCAAGAAGAUGAACACCAUCGUGAUUCAUUUUUGCUACCUUAUAUUUGGAAUGAUUUGCCUAUCCUUUGUCGGAGCGGACAAAUUUGUCCGGGUUUUCUUCAUCCUGGCAGUGCCAGGGAAUCUGCUAGGCAACCUACUGGAUCUAUUCAGCUCGGACGUUAUCCGGUUGAGUAUCGCAUUGGGGAGCUUCAUCGUUGCCGAUUUGAUCUGCCGUUUGGGAUUGAAAUUCUACCCCAGCUUGCAUACCAGACAGGCUCCAUCUUCCAGUCGGGAUCAGACUGACCAGCCGGGAGAAAGGCAACGAGAGCCUUCGGUGGCUCCUCGAUCACGGUUGAACGUGCCGUUUGUCAGAACGGAACCUACCGUCGAGGAAGAUGAUGAAGAGACGGAAUCACACGAUGCUGUGUCCUAUCUGAGCUCGUUCCGUUCAAGAUUCUCGAGGGAACGAUCGGUUACUCCUCCGGUGGCGAAUGGGGUGGAAAGCAGACGCAGUGUGACACGUGAGAGUAGCGACGAUCGGCAGCAGUGUACGGCUAGGACGUUGCGAGGGGAACAGUGCAGAGGGUUGGCACUGUCGGGGCGGGAUUUUUGCAGGGUUCAUGAUCAGAGGGGUUUGUGAGGGGGCUUGGUACCGGAAGGGUAGUUUUUUUUAGGUUUU